AUGAAGGAAGGCGAGGUCGUGUAUUGGCCGCGGCACCUGUGGACACCAACUGGCUCUUCUGCUGCGCAUUUACCACCGGCAGUAUGCAAAAGAUGGUCACGUGACGUCCUGUGCGUUGUGGCGCUGGAGCUGGAGCUGGAACAGGUCCCUGAUGGGCUGGAGGUGCUCCUGUCUACCAAGAACGCACAUAGAUUCCGUCACAUUGUGCUAUUUGAUGCUCAAGUCGCGGCUCUCGGGGACUUUGAGACGCUCCACUCGCCGCAGCUGUUGCAGCAAAUUGGCGAACAAUUCGCUGCUCGUUACAAGCUUGAGAAACGAGUGGAUGCAGAUCGUAGAGGAACGAUUCGAACAAUCACGUGGCUCUUGGAGACUGUGGGAUACUAUGCACUCUACGUGCCUUUUGCAGCGCUGAUGGUUGUGACAACUACUGUUUAUCGACUCGUACACGACGUGCAUUUCCCUUUAUGGCUUCUUAUUGGCGGUGGAAAGAGCGUGACGGACAUGUCAAUGUACAUGGCGGUACUGACCCAACAAGCACAGAAUGCAGCGAGCUUACCAACACGUCUGCGGCGGCUAUACCGAUUACGCAAGCAGCGCGGGCUGUCCCGCCGAGAACGAUUGGAGCUACUGGAAGUGCUCAACUGGAUAUGUUUUGUGCUUCUCGAUGCGUUGCUUGGACACGUAGCAUUGACAUACUUGGACCGACUCAUCGCUCCAACCUCUUGCACUAUGAACAUCUUUCCAUCGACAAUCGUGGGGGUUUUACGAGGCAACGUGGAGUGGCUAAUGGGCGCACCUGCGGGGUUUAAGCUAAACAAACCGCUCGCUUCCAUACUGGGCAAUGGUAUCCUCCUGUGGCUGGACUUCUGGAGUUUUGUCUUCGAAGAACUUCUUCCGCUGGUGAACGGUGCAGGCCUAUGUCAGCGCCUCUUGCUAGCAUCCGGGCACAUGAGCUUGACAUUGCAGUUGGUAUUGAUGUUGGAUCUUUUGAACCUGACUACGUGGCACUCGCGUUGGAUCUAUCUCUACUUCGCGAAGCUGAACAAUCUGCAGUUCGGACUCUUUUCGUCGCUGUCAAAGCUCUUCUUGGGCAAAAAGGUAAAUGUGUUGCGUCACCGCGUAGACUCGUGCGAAUACGACGUCGGUCAGCUCCUGCUGGGUACGCUGCUAUUCACCAUCUUGGUUUUCCUCGUGACUACCAACCUGGUGUUCUUUGCUUUCUUCGCCGGUGUACGCGGUAGCAUCCUACUCGUGUCAAUGUUGCUUUGGCUGCCAGUCGUGGCAGUGAGUUCGUUACCACUGGCUUCACUCUCGUAUCGCAUGCGGAGCCCGCGCUCUUUCGUUGUUGGAAUGCAGCUACUAGAAAACAACGACCCGGCAGUCAAUCACACGAUUGUAGAAAUCGACGGCGUAUGUCAUCGAUCGCCACAGCUGGAAGCUCAUCACCGUCACAAAUUACGACAAGCACUUACAUCAUGGGAUACAAGUGAUCGUUGCGUUAGUCAGCGGACCGUUUUCGAGCUCGUGCCGGUCGCGUCCAGUCUCAUGUCGCAAUUUACAAGGUUUCGCGCGUACAGGCAAGCCGUGAGAGAGCGGUACUCGCUGGCCGCUAUCGUGAAGGCGUGUCUUUUCGGGAGUGUCGAGAUAGCACGAGUUCCGCUGAGUAUUUUGUUUGGCCUGCACGAGUCAUGA